AACAAAAAUAUCUUGAAAUUUAAUUCUUUAAUAUUAUUAUCUAUUCUUACAAGUGGUACCGGCCAAGAUAUUCAUUUCAGUGUUAAAGUAUUCCUAGUUGGCCACUUGGACGUAUCGACAUGAUUUGUGAAACAGAAAUAGAAUCACUUUUGGAAAGAUAUGUUUUUAUAAAUCAGAAGGGAACAAAGAGAAUAUAUGGGAAUGAUCUCAUGAAUUUACCUUUCCACGAUCUCGUUGAUUAGGUUAGUUUUUAAAAUAAAUAAAAAUGGAAAGUUGUUCUAGAAAUCGCUAAUCGACUAAACAAUAUAAGAUAUUUCAGUAGAUGAUAAAAGGCAAAAUAAGCAUAGACCUUAAUUUCAUUUUUCUAACGUUCCAUUAUGUUACCUGCGUCAUUUUCUUAUGGAGAAAUAAGAGUAAACCAAAUUUAAGAUAAACCAACUCGAAAUAUAGAUAAAAUAUUGUUAAGCAAAUCUGUUGAACAUUACCCAGUUAUAGACAGACUAGUAGGUUAGUUGGUCGAUUACGACAUAGUGGCGUAUGAUUACGCACUGCACAGUUUGCUGACAAACUCAGUGAAGGUAGUCGUGAGCUAUUAUGGAUCAAGGUUUUUUUUAUUCAGUGACUUAACAAAAGUAAAUGGGACUUUAAAUAUUUGGGCUUGGUAGUCCAAUUCUUUUUGGAAUAGACUUGGCAAGAAAAUGGAACGAAACAGUACUAAUAGGCUUUGAGAUAGUGUUUUUUUGCCGAAUAACCGUAAUUCACAAUGGGACGAUCUUUAUUUAUCAUCCGCUUAGUUAAAAAAGUCCUAAUGGGCUUUUGAUUGUUUUUUGUGGGCUCUGCAAACAGCGCAUGGCAUUUGGUAAUUUCCAACUUUUUCCAUGGACCUAAUUAACUCUUGAAAAAGGAUGGGUCGACGGUGUUGUAGGUCGGAUUGAAAGUGUGUGUCACUUUUAGCGCAACUUUUGUAGAGUAAAAACUGUUUUCACCGAAUUGCGCCAGUAAACACCCAAUCAAAAUAAAAGGAGCUAUGCUGACAUAGAGUAAACACUGUCUUGUCUUUUUAUGUUUUUUGUAGUUAAGUUUUUUUUUUCUCUUUCUCCUAGAGUAAAAGUUUACUCUGAAGUUCACAUUUUCUUCUCAUUUCAUGUUUCACUAAUUUUCUUCUUUUUUUACUCCUCCAAGUUGCGUUGAUAUUACAAUCACACUCUGAACAUUAAUGAAAACGUUGAAAAGACGUGUGUAUAGUGCAUGUAGCCAACGCGAAGCUCCUUUCUACUUUUUUUACUCUCUAGCUUGGUUAUUGCAUUUAUGACCAAACAGAUCACAAGUGACCCAUAUUUAACGAUAUAACAUUAAUAUUUUUUAUAACAAUUAUAUAUAUGCAUAUAGAUCAGUUAGAUUUUGACGAGAUUUUGAUCACUUUUAAAUUAAUUAAAAGUACUCGAAAUGGAUCAACUUCAUAGCUGUUGCUCCUUGGCUGUAUCAUGUAUGUACACAGAAUGGUCAAAUAUUUGUAUUUAAGAAAAAAGCAAAGAAUGGUCUACCAGAAAAAUAAAAGUCGCAACGACUUGUCAAUUCUCAAUCUUGAUAAAAACAUGUAUAAUUCUUCUUCUUUUUUACAAUUUCUCACAGACUCAUCGCCUUUGCCUGCAUAAAAUUCCUUUAAAUCAUCAUUUCUCAAGUACUGUAUGCAAAUAUGUAUUGACAAAAAUAAGUAUAUAAAUAUAUAUUACACCUAGACAUAAACAAAUGAAUUUACUAUUUGCAUGUAUAAAUUUAGGAAUAAACACAAAUAAAAUAUAUUCACUGUACAACACAAGUAUAAGCAAAUACAAUCAUAGAAAAUAAAAAUCAAAUACAUAGUCAAGUUCAACGAAGAUGACUGAAUCUAAACAAAGCCAUUUUAAAAUAAAUUGUGUAAUUUUGAACCGCUUUCUUAUAUAAAUCAAUAAUCGACGCAGGACGACCUAUUUUAAAAUUUCUGAUAAAACAAAAAUGCCAUUAUACAAAUAUAGUAAGAUUUUUUCUUUUUUCAAAUAUAGUAAAAGAUUAUUUUAACUCAGCGAGCACGAUCACCCACAGUACACGACCAAGUCCACUGAAUAUAUAAAACCUACAAAAUAAACUAUAGACAAUUAUUUAACUAUGACGUAUUAUAAAAAUAUCCGAAACACAAAAAUCCAAUCCUCGAUUUGCAUAAGAACCUUUCAAGGAACUUCGAAGUCCUCACAACUUACCUUUUCUUCCAAUUGUUUUGAUUUUUUUUUCUCUUUUAUCAACUUUUAUUGUAUCUUCGAGAUAACAAAAAAAAGGGUAAAAUGGAUAGACAAAAAAGCAUGGAGAAAGGGUUACUGAGGAAGAGCUUAAGCAUAAGAGAGAGGAAGUUCCCAAACGAUGACCUUUUUCUUGAAACUGGAUUAUCGAGGAAAUCCCCGAGAGAUAUAGCCAAGAAAUCACCGAGAGGUAUUAUCAAGAAAUCACCGAGAGAUAUUAUCAAGAAAUCACCGAGAGAUAUUAUCAAGAAAGCUGAAAACGACGAUGGUGAAUGUCGUGUUACCGCCAUUGUAUUCCUCAGCACCUUUGUUGCCGUCUCUGGCUCUUUCUGCACCGGUUGUGGCGCCGGUUUUUCAUCGGGGGCCCAAUCAGGGAUCACAAAAGAUCUAUCUCUCUCAGUUGCAGAGUACUCUAUGUUCGCGUCCGUUUUGACGCUAGGAGGUUUGAUUGGUGCAGUCUUCAGCGGUAAAGUCGCUGACGUCUUGGGAAGAAAGCGGACCAUGUUGUUUUGCGAAGCCUUCUGCCUUGCAGGCUGGCUUGCGGUAGCAUUGGCCCAGGACGCAUUGUGGCUGGACUGUGGAAGAUUAUUACUUGGAAUCGGUGUUGGUUUAUUUAGCUACGUGAUUCCAGUCUAUAUAGCCGAAAUUGCACCGAAGCAUGUCCGUGGAUCGUUUGUGUUCGCCAAUCAACUGUUGCAAAAUUGCGGCAUUGCACUCUUCUUCAUCAUUGGUAAUUUCAUUCCAUGGAGAUGGCUAGCAAUAGUCGGUUUUAUGCCAUGCGUGCUCCACGUUUUUUGUUUAUUUUUCAUUCCCGAGUCUCCAAGAUGGUUGGCGAAAAAAGGUCGCGAUAAAGAAUGCCGAUCGGCUUUGCAACGCCUUAGGGGACCCGAUGUGGACAUUUCGCGUGAAGCAAACACAAUUAGGGAUACCAUAGAAUUAUCCGAGCUCGAUGGUGAAACUCGAAUGGCUGAAUUGUUUCAGAGACGAUAUGCAUAUCCGUUACUUAUUGGAGUCGGUUUAAUGUUUUUGCAACAAUUGAGCGGUAGCUCGGGUGUAACUUAUUAUGCCAGUAGCCUCUUCCAAAAAGGAGGAUUUCCUAGUGCUAUCGGCACAUCAGUAAUAGCCACGAUCAUGGUUCCAAAAGCAAUGCUGGGAACAAUCAUAGUCGAUAAAUUGGGGAGGAGAACACUCCUAAUGUCUUCUUGUGCUGCUAUGUGCUUAAGUGCUUUGCUGUUAAGUGUUUCCUACGGUUUCGAGUCAUUUGGAAUUCUCCCGGAUCUCACUCCCAUCCUCACUUGCAUUGGCGUAUUGGGUCAUAUUGUGUCAUUUGCGAUGGGAAUGGGAGGACUACCAUGGAUUAUAAUGGCUGAGAUAUUUCCCAUGAAUGUGAAAGUGUCAGCGGGAACCUUAGUUACCGUAACUAAUUGGUUAUUUGGUUGGGUUAUCACAUAUACUUUCAACUUCAUGCUACAAUGGAAUGCAUCAGGAAUGUUCUUCAUCUUUUCAAUGGUCUCCGCAUUUUCGAUUGUAUUUAUAUACUUUUUAGUACCGGAGACGAAAGGCCGAUCACUUGAAGAAAUACAAGCAUUGUUCUCCAACUCUGUACAAUGAUUCAUACAAAUCAAUUAUUGUAAUUGAAAAAUCGAUUAUUAUGAUUGGUGUGGGUUUACAUGAGAUUUGUGUAUGGAUUUAAUUUUAUAUGGGAAAAUGACAACAAUAAAUUUGUAUUUUUCGUGUCUGAAAAGAAGCUGUGUGGUUUUAGUUAGGUAUGCAUCAAAAUAUAUAGUUCUGUGUGAUAUUCUAAACUAUAAAUUAAAUAAAAAUGUCAAUAACCA